CCACGGUAGCUACUCGGCACUACAGCCACAACAGAGGGCAGGGGUGGGGGGAUAGACUGAGAGACAGCGUGCAGCGAGAUGGGGUCCGUACUCUGUGAUGUGCAGUAAAUGGGAUUAAACCGCUCAGUCAACGCAGGGAAACACUACUACUAGUAGUGGUAGUAGAAGUGGAGAGAAGGGGGAGCAGGGAAACGCUGCGCCGCAUGUGCUCGUCCGUGUCUGCCUGGAAAACUUGUACUGGUCCGUCUGUUGGAACGAAAACAACACUCCCAAAAAAGACUGGAGGGAACGAUAGCUGCAGCCAUAUACAAACCUCGGUUUAAGCUUAUAACCUCUGGGACUUGCAGCAGCAGCAACCCGAACCGACCUCUGCCUCUCACAUGCCUGCGUUGAUGUGGGAGAGAGGGGAGCAGUGGACCCGGGGGAUGUUUGAGUCACCUUGCUAAAACUUGCAAAAAAAUAAAAUAAAAAAAAGAGAAAUUUUAAAAAGUCACGUUUAUUUUAAAGAACACACGUGGAUGCCAUGGAGAGCCAAGUGGUUGAGCACCACAGCAACGAGGACGUGAGGAAGAGCGGCUACCUCCGCAAGCAGAAGUCCAUGCACCGGCGCUACUUUGUGCUCCGCGCCGCUUCGGAACGUGGCCCGGCCCGUCUGGAGUACUACGAGAGCGAGAAGAAAUUCCGCGGUAAGGCCCCCGUCCCAAAGAAAGUCGUGGCGCUGGAGACCUGCUUCAACAUCAACAAGCGGGCCGACUCCAAGAACAAGCACAUGAUCGUGCUCUACACCCGGGCGGAGAGCUUCGCCGUAGCCGCCGAGAACGACACGGACCAGGACGAAUGGUACCAGGCCAUGGUAGACCUGCAGUGCAAAAGUAAAAACCCCAAUGAUGGCGGAGCAGAGGGAGACUAUGGAGCACCUAAUCCAGGACCUGCAUUCAAAGAAGUGUGGCAGGUGAAGGUGUGGCCCAAAGGCCUGGGUCAGGCCAAAAACUUGGUUGGCAUCUAUCGGCUUUGCCUGACCGACAAAACAGUCAACUUUGUAAAGCUAAACUCUGAUGCUGCUGCGGUGGUGCUUCAGCUGAUGAAUGUGAGACGCUGCGGCCAUUCAGAAAACUUUUUCUUCGUUGAGGUGGGGCGCUCUGCCGUGACAGGCCCGGGCGAGUUCUGGAUGCAGGUGGAUGACUCAGUGGUGGCCCAGAACAUGCAUGAAACCUUACUAGAGGCCAUGAAGGCUCUGAGUGAAGAGUUUCGCCAACGCAGCAAGUCUCAGUCCUCCUCUGGCCCUGGAGGAGGUGCCACUGCUUCUAACCCCAUCAGCGUUCCCUCACGGCGCCAUCACCCCAACCCUCCUCCCAGUCAGGUUGGCUUUCUCCGCCGACCCCGAACUGAGCCACCUGCAGGCAGUAACGGUGGAGCAGCAAUCAACAGUGCCAAUGCUUCUCCUACCCCUCGGCAUAGCUUCCCAAGGUCUCGCACUGCCAGCGAUGGAGGGAAAGGUGAGGAGGGGUUAGCAGGGUCCACUCCACUCCAAGGUGUAAACUCCAGUCCUUCCACCAAUGGCUCUUGUUCCACCACCCCAAUCCUCAGGUCAAAGUCAGCUCGUUCAGCCCCAACCACAUCUGCCAAAACUCCUUUUGGAUUGAUGCGCUCCAUCUCCACCCCAGCCCCCUCCCCAGGCCCAAGUCUCUCAUCUAGCUCUGGGCACAGUUCUGAGUUUGGGAGCAUAAUAUCAGCCGGUCCUGUUCCAGGGUCUGGUACCUACACCCGUGUGCCCUCUCAUCAUGCCUCCAUCUCAGGCUCAGCUAGUGACUAUGGGUCGUCGGACGAGUAUGGAUCCAGUCCAGGGGAUCACACAGUUCUCCCAUCCCCAAGCCUCCCUGGAAGCUCUGUUGGUAGCAUUGACAGCCAGUCCCUUGCUGAGGAUGGAGCCAACUAUAUCCUGAUGGGCCAUCGGGGUGGUGGCAGCAGUGGAACUGGCAACAGUAAUCAAGGGCCCUUGGUGCCAAGCGCCCAACCUGCAUUGGCAACCCAGGCCUCUGGCUCCCAGCCCCAGUCCAGGAGAGUGCUGCGCCGCUCCUCCAGCCGUGAAUGUGAAGCUGAACGUAGGCUGCUGAGCAAGCGUGCCUCUUUACCCCCAAUGGCCCUGGAAAGACUAGCCCCACCUCAUCGCAGAGCUGAUGAGGCUGCAGAUGAAGAUUCAGCUGAUUAUGCUGUUAUGUCCAGGAGCACCAGUCGAGAAUCCUUCACUUCAACCUGCUCUUCCACACAGAGGGAGUCCACCAUAAGUGCUGGGGUGGGGGGAGGAGGGUACUUGGAUGUGGCAGGGGAGUUUAAAACUGAAGGGGCUGGAGGAGCAGGUGGUGGCGUAGAUUUAGGCAUGGACAGUGGGUACAUGUCAAUGCUACCUGGAGUGACGCAGCCUCCGGUUUCUUUAUCCCAAUCACUAGCUGUCUGUGUCCCAGAUUCGGAAUCCAAACCUGCUGAUGACUACAUGGCCAUGACCCCAAACAACAGUGUGUCUCCUCCACAGCAGAUUUGCCCUCUGCCAACCUCUGAUGGGUAUAUGAUCAUGUCCCCUAAUAGCAGCUGUUCCCCAGACCAGCGUGGAGGUCUCUCUGGAGGGGCUUGGGUAGGCAGUGGCAGUGCAGACAGCAGGGCUGGCAGUGACUAUAUGAACAUGUCUCCAAUUAGUGCACGUUCUGCAAAUGGUAGCCCUCCACCUCCUGAGCAAACCUGCCAUUUGGAGACCAAUUUGCAACAACAAGCCCCUAAAAUGGUUUAUUCUUACUAUUCCCUUCCCCGGUCAUACAAACACAAUCCGUCCUCUGGACACUUUGAUGAUGGGCCUGGACGCGGAAGAAGGCCCAAUGGGACUUGUAGUAGGGGAACGGGUGGUGGUAGAACUAUUGUAGGGCGUCAGGAGCAACCAGCAGUAGGCAGUUCAGUGGCUGGACGCCACCUGUCACUUUCUUCAUCCUCAUACUCCUCCAGCUCAGCCAGCAGCGAGAGCCUUGGGGAGAGCGAUGACCGGACUUCUCAGGCUUUGGGUAGCAUGACAAGCGGUUCUCAGUCCAAAGAUGGGAGCAAGGUAUCUCAGAGACGAGGCUCUGGUGGCUUUUCAAAACAGAGUACCAAUACUAAAAGCAGACCAGUAAGUCUGUUUGUGGAUGUAUCCAAGGCCAACACCCUUCCUAGGGUCCGUGAAAACCCCCUACCCCCAGAACCAAAAAGCCCAGGGGAGUAUGUAAGCAUUGAAUUCAAGGGAGAGAAGUGCAACCAUGCAGGGGUUGGAGUAGUGCGUGGAAGGGGUCUAAGACAUGGUUCUUCACUGCCUCAUGCCUCAAGUAACCAGCAUCCUCAGAACAGACCAAUAUCGUGUGUAGGAAAUUUCAUCCCACUCUCUCACAGUCCCUCAGCCCCCAUCACUCCCACAUCUGCUUCUGAGUAUGUCAACAUGGACCUGGGCCCUUCCCCAUCCCCCUCACCCCUCUCCCUGACUUCGUCAGUUUUCCCUGCUUUUCACACCCCUCCCACACCUCCAGCGCUUGCUCAUGCCCCCAAAACCUGUAAGGAAAGUACUACUAGUCCUCGUGAGGAGGUUGUAGAACUGGCUGAGGCCCCUCUUCGGAAAAACAGAGAAAGUGUUCCAUUGGUUACUGAGUCCCCUACGUCCUGUGGGGAAUACACAGAGAUGGCCUUCAGCUUGAAUAACAGCACUGUCCCUAGUUCACCCAGCAUCUCGCCCAAAGUCCCAUCUCCUACCAGGACUGAUCCUUCUGUUUCAGUGCUGUCUCGGGGUCUAGACUUCCAGCUAGGUAAAUCAGGACUUAACCCAGACCAGGGGGCUAAAGUUAUCCGCGCUGACCCCCAAGGACGCAGACGGCACUGCUCAGAAACCUUUCUUGCUUCGCCUUCUCUCCCCACCGCUACCUCUACUUCAUCUUCAACUGCCUCCCUUUUUCCAGAACACACCCAGGCCGUUGUCCGCCGCCUGGGGUUUGAAAGCAUGCUGUGGGGAAAUGGUGCUGUGACUGAUCCCCCCACAAACAAUCAAUCUACAUCCACAGAGCAUGGUCUUAACUACAUAGACUUGGACUUAGUCAACAAAGAGAGUCCCCACUCAGGCCUGGAUGGAGCCUCAGGAAGCCAGGCCCCAUCUCGGCUCUUCUCUGUGGUGGGUGCAGGCUCUAGUGUCGGGGUAGUGGGUGCGGCGGUUGGCAGCAGCAACAACUCUAACCUCAACACGUAUGCCAGCAUCGACUUCUACAAAUCAGAAGAGCUGCGCACACAUCAAAAUGGAAACAAGGAGGGAACAGAGUGCUGAUGUCAGUGGGUCGUCUUUGAGGAGACAAUCUGGUACCGCUCAGAGCCCUUCAGCGCUCCGCCUGUUUUUUUCGUGACAGCCAAUCAUAUUGAGAGAGCAGCUGGACCGGACACAGCCCUGAAGCACUUUGACAGACAAUGAUGGAAAACUUUUUUUUUUCUUUCUCCUCGCUUUCAUCUAGUUGGUUGAGGAAACCAACAGGGAUGUGUGCCAAAUGACAUUCUUAAAAAGCUAUUUGCUGCUCUCAUUCCUUGAGUGAAAGCCAAUCAAAGGAGGGUACAAAAUGGAGAACAGUGUUUUAGUGGGUGUUUUUUUCUUUCUUUCUUUCUUUCUUUUUCCUAAUUGAAAACCUCUAAUGACAAAUGUGGCUGACUAGAGUGUGAAAAAGAACAUGUAUAGAAAUAUAUAUCAGUUUAAAAAGUGCCUCGUUUUCAGGUUGUAGCCGUUUUACAAAAAACUGAAGAUCUAUUUUUUUCAUGCUUGAUUUGAUGCAGUUACUAAAAGAAAAAAAAUAUAGCAAAAGGUGCUGAUUAAGAUGAGCAGCUUUUUUUUUUAGCUUAUGCUACGUUCAUGUCGUAUAGGAUGGAUGGAAGGGGUUGGAAAGCACUCUGAAAACACCACCUCACCUUUUACUGACUAAAUAUAACCAUUAACUACAGACUAUUAUUAGGUGAGGCAUGCAUAUUUACAUUAAACAGAUAAGUGUACUGAUCAGAUGAUACCUCUGUCCCUCUUCACUUCUAAAUAAAAAGCUACAUUCAGGGCAAUAUGCUUUAACAUUAAGCUACAUUCAGGGCAAUAUGCUUUAACAUUACUGAAGUAUUAAGUUUUACUUUCAGAUAGUAUUUUGAGUUUUUCUACCACUGUCAAUACUAAUUCAUGCAAAGAAAGUAAAGCCCUCAAAUCAUUAGUCCUUUCUGCUAAGCGCCCUGAAACUUUUUUUUUUAUAUAAUGAUCUUUGGAUCACUUAACUUGGAAUAAAUGAACACACUUGUUCAUAUAAGUUCAGUCUUUUUAUGUUAUGUAUUUUUAGUUUAGACUUAUUAAGGAUUGCCAACUCUGUGGUGCAGUGGAACCAUGCUGACACAAACACUUUAUAUCUGGACUUUAUACAUUUAUCUACUAAGCUAAUUUGGAUAACAAAAACACAAGUUUCCUUGUUAUAAUUAAAAUAUUUGAUGUUAAGGUAAGCACAAUUGUUAUAUCAAAAACUUGUAAUCGCAGUGAGUCCAAUAAGACAUGAUCGCAGCAUUUUUGCUAGCAUAAAAGAUAAAAAUGGUACUAGCAAUCUGCUAGCCUUCUUUUCUACUGUGAGAAAUAUUAGCAUAGCUGCUGCUAUCUACUACUCAUUCUUGUGGUGGGUUUAAACCAUCUUUUUCUUUUUCUUUUUUUUUUAUCUUUCAAUGAGCCAUAAAUGAAAGUAUUAAACACACAGGCUUGAAACAAAAUGGCACUUGUAGCAGGGAAUAGUAGCUUUCUAGCUAGCUUAAAGCCAUCUGGAUCAGAUUAACAUAUUAACAUCGUGCCAGGACAUAAAUUCACUGUCCUGCUGACCACAGCUCAGGGUUUUGGAUCCCUGAUAUAGAGCCAAGCAAUCCCAUUAGUGCUAUUAGCUUCAGACACUCACUUAAUCCUCUUCAUCUCAGGAUGCUAAACAACAUACGGUACAUACAGCUGAGGAUAGAUAUCCUAUCAAUAGCCUUGCUAAUGCUAGCUUUGUAGCAGUCAGCACACUGCUUUUAGCACCUGGAAAUGGGUCAGUUCUCGUUUAUUUUCUGUCUGUAUAAAAUAAAUCAAACUGUCAAUUUGUUCUAUCUUAAUUAUUUUAUUGAGCACCAAGUAUUUUUUUAUAAACAGUUUUUCUAUUUAAACUGAUCGAAUUGAAGGUGCUUUAGCCCUAAAUCCUCCUUUAAGACUCUGUUUUUAUCUCUUUCCUUCCCUGUCUUUUGCUUGGCUCUUUCGUUAAUCCUCGCUAUGCAUCAGCACUUAAGUGCCUGUCUGUCCUAUUUUUCUGUCCGUCUGUCUGUCUCUACCCCCAUUUUAGCAUAUAGCACCAAUACAGUUGUUUUAGCAGAGUAUAUCAAGUCUAUUUUUGUGACUUUUUUUUUUUUUUUUUGCUGUACAGUUCAUGUUAAAUAACUUGUGUGACAGUGAUCUGACUUGAUUGACAGUCUUGGCCCUAAUCUUGGGACCUUUUUGCUUUGCCGGUAUCUAGGACUUUAUCGUUCGCAGGGCAGUGAGUGCCAAAACGCAACAAAACUGGGCUGUUCUCCUUUUUGACAGCACCUCAAGAAGCAACUGUUAGCUCUCAAGUCUGGAAAUAUUUGCUUUGUUCUGUGUUGAAGAUUUUUUUCUUUUUGUUUGUUUGUGUUUUAUUUUCUCUCCCACUGUUUUCCUUUGCAGUGAGGAGAGAGAACUGUGACAUAUCUCGCCUCGCUGUCGUUUCAUGUGACUGAAAUUUAAAAAAAAGGUCAUUGCAGAGACUUCCGUAUGCUUUAACCAUGAAUUAGCCUAUGACUUUGACUGGAGGAUUUAGAAAGAAAUGCAUGAAGAAAAAGAAAUGGCCACAAUGGAGAGCCACUACAAAAGACUUCCUGUUGAAAUAGGUGUGUGUAGCUCAAAAUUGCACUCAUGUGUUUGUCUGCCUGCUUGGUAAGUUCAUGAACUUUCUUUGUCUAGUCACAUGACUUUUGGUGGCCUAGAGCAUAACAAUACUGCUUUAUAAUGA